AGGCCGGAGAUUUAUUCGAGCUUCGGCGGGGGAGGGCGCGCAGCUGGGCCGCGUUUAGGCUGCACCACCCGCGUGUUUCAGCCGCUCGACUCCGCGGGGCCUGGGACCCCCAGACGUGGGAGGAUGGGGUGGGUGUGCCCGCCUGUGAGUUUGGGGGUGGUGGACCAAAGUGAACACAGAUGAGUCAACUCCACCCAUUGUCUCUGCAAGAAAACAGCUCAAAACUCACCCCAUGAAUGACAGUGGAAGAUGCCACCCUUUGGGACUCUGUACCCUGGCAGAAAUGGAAUGAUUUAUGCAAAUAAGCAAGUGCCAACAAUAUGCCCAAGCAGGUGGAAGUGCGAAUGCACGACAGUCACCUCAGCUCAGAGGAACCCAAGCACCGGCACCUGGGCCUGCGCCUGUGUAACAAGCUGGGGAAGAAUCUCCUGCUCACCCUGACGGUGUUUGGUGUCAUCCUGGGAGCAGUGUGUGGAGGGCUUCUUCGCUUGGCAUCUCCCAUCCACCCUGAUGUGGUUAUGUUAAUAGCCUUCCCAGGGGAUAUUCUCAUGAGGAUGCUAAAAAUGCUCAUUCUCCCUCUAAUCAUCUCCAGCUUAAUCACAGGGUUGUCAGGCCUGGAUGCUAAGGCUAGUGGCCGCUUGGGCACAAGAGCCAUGGUGUAUUACAUGUCCACAACCAUCAUCGCCGCAGUGCUGGGGGUCAUUCUGGUCUUGGCUAUCCAUCCAGGGAAUCCCAAGCUCAAGAAGCAGCUGGGGCCUGGGAAGAAGAAUGAUGAAGUGUCCAGCCUGGAUGCCUUCCUGGACCUUAUUCGAAAUCUCUUUCCUGAAAACCUUGUCCAAGCCUGCUUUCAACAGAUUCAAACAGUGACAAAGAAAGUCCUGGUUGCACCACCGCCAGACGAGGAGGCCAACGCAACCAGCGCUGUUGUGUCUCUGUUGAACGAGACUGUGACCGAGGUGCCGGAGGAGACUAAGAUGGUUAUCAAGAAGGGCUUGGAGUUCAAGGAUGGGAUGAACGUCUUAGGUCUGAUAGGGUUUUUUAUUGCUUUUGGCAUCGCUAUGGGGAAGAUGGGAGAUCAGGCCAAGCUGAUGGUGGAUUUCUUCAACAUUUUGAAUGAGAUUGUAAUGAAGUUAGUGAUCAUGAUCAUGUGGUACUCUCCCCUGGGUAUCGCCUGCCUGAUCUGUGGGAAGAUCAUUGCAAUCAAGGACUUAGAAGUGGUUGCUAGGCAACUGGGGAUGUACAUGGUAACAGUGAUCAUAGGCCUCAUCAUCCACGGGGGCAUCUUUCUCCCCUUGAUUUACUUUGUAGUGACCAGGAAAAACCCCUUCUCCUUUUUUGCUGGCAUUUUCCAAGCUUGGAUCACUGCCCUGGGCACCGCUUCCAGUGCUGGAACUUUACCUGUCACCUUCCGUUGCCUGGAAGAAAAUCUGGGGAUUGAUAAACGUGUGACUAGAUUCGUCCUUCCUGUUGGAGCAACCAUUAACAUGGAUGGUACAGCCCUUUACGAAGCGGUGGCCGCCAUCUUUAUAGCCCAAAUGAAUGGUGUUGUCCUGGAUGGAGGACAGAUUGUGACUGUAAGCCUCACAGCCACCCUGGCAAGUGUCGGCGCAGCCAGUAUCCCCAGUGCCGGACUGGUCACCAUGCUCCUCAUUCUGACGGCCGUGGGCUUGCCAACAGAGGACAUCAGCCUGCUGGUGGCUGUGGACUGGCUGCUGGACAGGAUGAGAACUUCAGUCAAUGUUGUGGGUGACUCUUUUGGGGCUGGGAUAGUCUAUCACCUCUCCAAGUCUGAGCUGGAUACCAUUGACUCCCAGCAUCGAGUGCAUGAAGAUAUUGAAAUGACCAAGACUCAAUCCAUUUAUGAUGACAUGAAGAACCAUAGGGAAAGCAACUCUAAUCAAUGUGUCUAUGCUGCACACAACUCUGUCAUAGUAGAUGAGUGCAAGGUAACUCUGGCAGCCAAUGGAAAGUCAGCCGACUGCAGUGUUGAGGAAGAACCUUGGAAACGUGAGAAAUAAGGAUAUGAGUCUCAGCAAAUUCUUGAAUAAACUCCCCAGCGUAUCCUAUGGUAAAUGAUGAUUUAAACAAGCUUUCUUUAAAAAGGAAAAAAAUGAAAAAAAUGCAUAUAUUUCUAUGUUUACUUAAUCUGUUAGCCGAGGCUUAGAGGAGCUCUUGUGAGUCAGUGAUGAGAGGCACGGUGCUGUGUCUUUGCCAAAUAAUGCUUUAUAACCGUCUAAUUUUCUCACUUGUAUUAUUAUUUGAAUGGAUGCUGCUGGAGGAAUCAGUUGAAUUGAAGAUAUGUUCUUGCCAGCUUCACUUUUCUCCCUGGAUGUUCUUUUCCCAGGGGACAUGAGUAAAGCAGUGUGGUACACUCCAGGGACUUGGGAUAAUGAGCAAACACACAGUGUGUUAUUCCUUAAAGUGUUCUCCAUGUCUCGCCUUGUUAUGCACAAGAGAUUCUAUUAAAAGCCUCAAGAAGUAACUCCCCUUAAAAUGUCUAGUAGAGUUUGCACAUGGGCUGAUUAAAAGCAAAUACCUGUCUUAGGGAAUUCUGACAAUUUAUUUUCCAUAUGCUCUUUAAGUAAAAUGUUUCGAAGAGAGUUUUAGAGGGAGCCAUGCUCUUAAAGGCAGUUGAUUAAGGAACCUAUUACAUCUUUGCCUUACCCUGUGUAAUCUAUGAGAACAAUGGUUGAAAUUUCAAACUAUGCUUCAUAAUUCUUUCUAAAUUUGAUAAUUGAUUAGAAAGUAUUUUAUAUAUAACCACUGUACAUAUUGACAAAAGUAAGAGAGCACAGUCAACAUAAAGUUUAACCAGAGUUAAAUAUUCAAAUUUAUUUAUGUUUGGUUUGCCUUCACCUGGUAUAGUAAAAUCAAGUGAGAUUAUUUGGUAUAUGUUUUGCUUUGUUUAACCCAAAAUGUUAUUUUUUGAGUUCCUAAAGACAAAGACAUUUUUAAUCUGUCAAUUAUUUCAGUCAUCAUGUCUUCAUCCUAGAAAGCCUCGUCAUUUUACUGUCCUCACACAUGGAAGACACUUGUGUUGGCUGUGCCUCUUUUAGUGUCAUCUCUUGAUGAAACAAAAAUACUGAUAUUUAUCUAAUAUGUAGAAAGCAUUUUGUUAUCUUCUAUCAAAGCACAUAAAACCAGUUAUAGGACACAGUUGGAAGCAGAGCCAGUCUUCCUCCUCCAUCUUCUCAGUAGAGAGGAACAGAAAACAAACAUCUGUGCAAAACCCUAUAAAAGUGACAUUCCUAUGGCAGAAUCCAGGCAGCCUUGAACCAUGACGUGGCAACCAAGGAUGGCUCUGUACAACUUCAUGGAUGGAAUCUUGUUUAAGGCUGUGAAGUGUUAAGGAAUAAAUAAUAUAAUUGGUGUAGCACAAUGCCUUGCAUGCAGUAGGCAGCCAACAAGUUCUUAGUGAUUGGUUAUGCAAGCUAAAAUUUUUAAUGUCUCUACUAUCCUUUUUUUAUUGAAUAAUGCACAGUAUUUUCCUAACAUUGCUGGGUUUGGGAGUAAGCUUGGGACUUUAAUCAUUGAGAAAUAAAGCACAUUUGACUCUAA